UGUGUUGGCCUGUUUUCUGGCACCCACUCAUUCCUUUCUCCUUCCUAUCCUCCUCACUCGUUAUCUAUGACAAGUGACUAAGGACCACUGCAUCCCGCCUCCACACCCCUAACAUUUCCUAUCAGAGGAUGGAAGAACGAGAUCUUCAUCCCUUGUCUAUGAAUCAGGUCAGGAAAUUUGAGGGCUGUUGUGUGAGCCAGCUGGCUGUUCACUAAACUGAUGGGUUGGUCCAUCCCUGACCUGGACCACUGCCACCAGAGGCCUCGAGAAGAGAGUUUAUUAAGUCUGUAUUUGACCUCAUUCUGGAUUUGUUUUAGAUCUCUUGUUUAGUUUGCUUUGAGAUCAUCUUGAGUUCUUUCUGACCGUGGGUCCUGACUUACCCUUCUAACUCAUGCCGUUGUUAGAAAAGAGAACAUGGCUGAUGACUAGCUGGCAUGGGAUACAUGAGGUCUACAGGUUUUGAGUAUAAGCCAUGGGAACUUGUUGGUUUGUGUGUUUUUAGUUGCUUUAUUUUCCCAUAAAGGCUAACUGUCGUAGAAUUGGAGAUCUACCUGUAGAAUACAUACCUAUUUUGAGUUCCUGUACUGCACCUUUUGGUUGCCAAAGCCAACUCCAGCUGGCGAGCAAAUAAGGGAAUUUCAUUGGCUCAUGUAAUUGAAAAUUCCAGGAGUGGGAUAGCCCUCUGUGGGCAUUGUUAGAAACCUGUCCUGCUCUCAUGCUCACCUCUGAGUUGCUGUGUCCUGGUCUCUUUCAGCCAACUUUCUCUUUGUGGGGACAAGCCCAAUCCAUGUUCUUAAAGCUUUCAAAAGCCCAGCAAAAGGAGAGUCUCUCUCUCUCUCCCAGUAGUUCCUACAGAAUACUAGUAGUUGAGUAUCAUUCUGGUUUGGGGCAUGUCAUCCAUCAGCCAAUCAGCAUGGCCAGCAGAGCAGAACGCACUGAUUGGUCAGCCCUGGUUUAUGGCUCCACCCUCUGGAGCUGGGAGAUGCAUCGACCUCCUGUGAACCACAGGGACUGAGAGUGAGGAAUGGGGCAUUUCCCCAAGAAAAAUCAGGCUGGUGUUAUCAGAGGAAGAGGAAAUGAGUGUUGGGCAUGCAGAAACAAUGGAUAUCCACUAUCCUGUUCUCCUUUGAUUUUAAUUGCGCUGGUGACUUGGGGAAGAUCUCAUGCCUGGUGGUGUCUCCAUUUGACCUGCAGAGCUGUGUGCAGGCCCUCAGCCUGAUUUUAUUUACAGCAUCAGCACACUUCUCCUUUCUUGCAGUCAUGAUACCCCAGUCUUUCCCCCAGAGGUUGGAGUAAAUGGCCUUCUCCGAGCCACAAUCAAUGGCAUUCCGUAAGGUGUGACAGAAGAGGCCAUCUGGCACUUGUCCCACUGUCGUUUCUCCCUGUCCAGGGAAGAGGCGCGUUCCAGGCUGAAGGUCGCAGCUCAGCGAAGCGCUGCUGUCUCUCUGAAGCUUCACCCCCAGGCUCGGGUUUUUGAGUCAUGAUGCAAGAAUCUGGGACUGAGACAAAAAGUAACGGUUCAGCCAUCCAGAAUGGGUCGAGCGGCGGCAACCACUUGUUAGAGUGCGGCAGUCUUCGGGAAGGGCGGUCCAACGGAGAGGCAGCGGCCGGGGACGUCGGGGCGGCGGACCUCGCGCACGUGCAGCAGCAGCAGGCACUUCAAGUGGCAAGACAGCUCCUUCUUCAGCAGCAACAGCAGCAGCAAGUUAGUGGAUUAAAAUCUCCCAAGAGGAAUGACAAACAACCAGCCCUUCAGGUUCCCGUGUCAGUGGCUAUGAUGACACCUCAAGUUAUCACUCCCCAGCAAAUGCAGCAGAUCCUCCAGCAACAAGUGCUGAGCCCUCAGCAGCUCCAGGUUCUCCUCCAGCAGCAGCAGGCCCUCAUGCUUCAACAGCAGCAGCUUCAAGAGUUCUAUAAAAAACAACAGGAACAGUUGCAGCUUCAACUUUUACAACAACAACAUGCUGGAAAACAGCCUAAAGAGCAACAGCAGGUGGCUACCCAGCAGUUGGCUUUUCAACAGCAGCUUUUACAGAUGCAGCAGUUACAGCAGCAGCACCUCCUGUCUUUGCAGCGCCAAGGCCUUCUAACAAUUCAGCCGGGGCAGCCUGCCCUUCCCCUCCAACCCCUUGCUCAAGGCAUGAUUCCAACAGAACUGCAGCAGCUCUGGAAAGAAGUGACAAGUGCUCAUACUGCAGAAGAAACCACAGGCAACAAUCAUAGCAGUUUGGACCUGACCACAACAUGUGUCUCUUCCUCUGCACCUUCCAAGACCUCCUUAAUAAUGAACCCCCAUGCCUCUACCAACGGACAGCUCUCAGUCCACACUCCCAAAAGGGAAAGUUUGUCCCACGAGGAGCAUUCCCAUAGCCAUCCUCUCUAUGGACAUGGCGUAUGCAAGUGGCCAGGCUGUGAAGCAGUGUGCGAAGAUUUCCAAUCGUUUCUAAAACAUCUCAACAGUGAGCAUGCGCUGGACGAUAGAAGUACAGCUCAAUGUAGAGUACAAAUGCAGGUUGUACAGCAGUUAGAGCUACAGCUUGCAAAGGACAAAGAGCGCCUGCAAGCCAUGAUGACCCAUCUGCACGUGAAGUCUACAGAACCCAAAGCUGCCCCUCAGCCCCUGAAUCUGGUGUCAAGUGUCACUCUCUCCAAGUCCGCAUCAGAGGCUUCUCCACAGAGCUUACCUCAUACGCCAACGACCCCAACUGCCCCCAUUACUCCCGUCACCCAAGGCCCCUCCGUCAUUACCACCACCAGCAUGCACACGGUGGGACCCAUCCGCAGGCGGUACUCAGACAAAUACAACGUGCCCAUUUCUUCAGCAGAUAUUGCGCAGAACCAAGAAUUUUAUAAGAACGCGGAAGUUAGACCACCAUUUACAUAUGCAUCUUUAAUUAGGCAGGCCAUUCUCGAAUCUCCAGAAAAGCAGCUAACACUAAAUGAAAUCUAUAACUGGUUCACACGAAUGUUUGCUUACUUCCGACGCAAUGCAGCCACGUGGAAGGGUGCCAUUCGCACCAACCUCUCACUGCAUAAGUGCUUUAUCAGAGUAGAGGAUGAGUUUGGGUCCUUUUGGACAGUUGAUGAUGAAGAGUUUAAACGUGGCCGCCAUAUUCAACGAGGCCGUCCUCGCAAAUACUGCCCCGAUGAAAACUUUGACGAGCUUGUCACACAUAAUCCUUCCCUUAUUAAAAACAUGCAGAGCAGCCACGCCUACUGCACACCUCUCAAUGCAGCUUUACAGGCUUCGAUGGCUGAGAAUAGUAUACCUCUAUACACUACCGCUUCCAUGGGAAAUCCCACUCUGGGCAACUUAGCCAGCGCGAUACGGGAAGAGCUGAACGGGGCAAUGGAGCAUACCAACAGCAACGAGAGCGACAGCAGUCCAGGCAGAUCCCCUAUGCAAGCUGUGCAUCCUGUACACGUCAAAGAAGAGCCCCUCGAUCCAGAGGAAGCUGAAGGGCCUCUAUCCUUAGUGACAACAGCCAACCACAGUCCGGAUUUUGACCAUGACAGAGAUUAUGAAGACGAACCAGUAAACGAGGACAUGGAGUGAACGUCUGGGCGGGCCGACCCCAAGAAGGAAGAUUGGGAAACAAAACAAAACAAAACAAAACACGUCAAAAGUUAGCAGUGAAAUUGUUCUCCAUUUGUUGUACAGUCUGGAGGAUUUUCACUACAUUUUGACAACUCUGAAAUGUGUUAACUCUUAGUGCCAUCAAGAACCCCAUUUGGGAGUAUUUUUGAUUUUUCUACUUUUUGUUGAAAAAAGGAAUUUGUACUCUGUGCAUUGGAUGGACUUGUUUGGUACUUGGGAUUUUCCUCUCUUAACAGUCAACAUCAGUGUUGUAAAUUUGCUAAACUGAUUCACUUUUAGCAGCAGACUUUGAACUGCAGUCCUGCCAACGUUGGACACUGAGGACACCCAACUGAGCAUGUGCACCUAAGCUGCAGACCAAGCCUCUGCCCAGAAUUUAAGGAUUCCAAUGGACGACCUAUUUGCACAGUACUGCAUGUUGAUUAUCACUGCCUUUACUCCAUUUUUUUUUUUUUUUUUUUUGCUUCCAGUUGGGAUUGGGAAGGCCUUUGUGUGUGUAUUGGGGGGAGGGGUUAAAAAAUAAUUAUCCCAAACUUUUUAAUGUAUUGCUUUUUUUUUUUUUUUUUUUUUUUUUUUGGCUUCUACUAUACCAUUUUAAGUUCUGACCUCAGGCCUCCAUUUGGGCCCACGGCCUCUUGGAGGCUUCAAGUUUUCUGUACCUUGUGAUGAAUGUUAAUAGGUGUUUUUAUUAUACAAAGCUGAAUGUCAUUUCUCGUUUGUAGUUUUCUGUCACUCAUUCCAUUUUCCUUCAGACAUCACCACGUUUUCUCUAAAGUCAGAAAACAUUCCGUUUUGGUCUUUUUCGAAAAGGUCCCAAAUGCUGCACUCUACACAUGAAGGUCCUCUCACACAGACGUGAAGUCCUGCCAGAAAGAGAAUGAAUGACAGAAAAAAAAAUGGAGACACUCUAGAAACAAUGCAGAUUCAUUCCACGAAGCAGUAUUGGAGGUGUGAAGGGAUUUGUUUCCGAUUUUCCUUUUUUUUUUGUUUUGUUUUGCAGCUACUAUCAUUCUUAAUGAAUGCCACAGCAUUCUACCAGCACAAAGAAACAUAGGCAGCACCCCCCGCCAAAAAAAACCUGGUAAUAGCUAGACUGACAGCGUGACUCUGCAAGGCUCUCCCUGGUAUAACCAAGUUGUGAUGGGCCCCAGGCUCUCUGGUGUGAAAACCACCAUGGGUUGCUUUGUUUGUUUGCAAACUGGUCCAAAAGCCGGCUUCCCUGAGCAACUUGGCUGAAAGUGGUGGUGGCGCUGAAUUUAAACAUCAGCUCGGACCUGCUUGGUGGCAUUAAUCUGUUUGAUUGCAAAUUAGAUUUCAGAUUGAACUUGUUGUGGGAGUAAUGAGGACCGAGUUCAGCAAAUGCUAAAGUGUAAUUUCAAAUGUGCAAAUUUGGUACUGCAGUUCUGUUUGUUUUGCAAUAUUAUCCCACCAAAACCCAGAAUCAAGAACUAACAGAAGACAUCAAGGAGACCUAGGGGGCGAAUCUCAGCCCUGGGUCUUUUGGGGAAUCAACACGGCAUGCGUAACACCAUGGUCAAACACCGAGGUCAUCGGUCAGUACAACCUCAGUCCUUAGAACCCCGGACACUUCCUCUCUGCACCCACUUUCCUGUCACUCAUUUAUUUAUCUAGGACUGUAGCUUUUGGUUGUUUUAGUUUGAUAGCCUUUUGGAGCUUAAUUUAUAUUCUUUGUACCUUUUUUUCUAAAAUUACCAAAGAUAUUACACAAAGCUAAAUUAUGUUCUCUGUUUUACGCUUUAUCUGAUGAAGCCAAAUAUCCUCUUAUUGUUGAUCAAAGGAGGCAAAAGAAUUUAGAGGCAAUUGAUGAGAUAGAGGCUAUUGCUAACCUGAGAACUGCUCCUUCAUCCUAGAGUACAUUUAGAAGACCAAGUAGAUAAUGGAACCAAAGUUGUUACUGUUUUUUAGUUUUUUUUUUCUUCUGUACCUCUACAGAGACCAAAACUCAUUCUUGUAAAGAGAAAUUAUGGGGCUACUGAAGAUAAAAGUAGGACACAGUAUUAAAGGAGUAAAAGAAGGAAGGGAAUCACAUCUCAAAGAGAAAAAUGAGUGUAUGCCACUGAAGAUUAGGGAGUGUCCAAUAAAGGAGACAGUUAUGGUAAAAUUCAGAGAGAACAGAAAAGCUUCCACAAUUGAACGAGACCACAUAAUAGUAUUUGUAGAAGACAUUUCUUUUAAAGAAAGAUUGUAUGCCACUUUUGUUUAAGGACUGUGCUAUGAUCGCCGCGUUCAUUUCGGUUUAUCUUGGCAUAGAUCCUCCGAUUUUUUUCUUUUGCUUUAAAAUUUUUCUCCUCUUUCCUUCCUUUUUUCUGAUUAGGCUUGGGUGAGCAUUUUUCAUUUAAAAAAAAAAAGUAACACUCCCGUCCACUCAUAAGCUUGGUACAAAAACGUCUUUGGCAGUUACUGUUGAAGCGUCACUCUGCUUUCCGUAUAAAGGGCAGUCUGUGGUCACUCAAGACUUUUUUUCACUUUUCCAGGCAGCUUCAUGAUGUGCAGGCAGUAGCCAGACAGGGUCAUGGGAAGGGGCCCUGCGCUUCUAAACUGAGUGGUUGCUGGUUAGUUUGGUAUUCAAAAGAGGAUAAAAAUCUGGUAGAUUAGUUCAUUCUCAGCAUGUGUAGCUAGACAUGAGUAAAGAUAACAGCAUGAGAAACUGUUAGUACGCAUACCUCAGUUCAAACCUUUAGGGAAUGAUUAAAAUUAAAAAAAAAAAAAAACAUUUCACUCAGUUGCACUUAGUCGUAUGUCUUGCAUGCUUAGUCUAAAGACUGUAGCAAAAAGAAAAAAAGAAAAAUUAGAUUUUACAUAUCUUUGCAGGUAUCACAGCCUUGCAGAAGAACCAACUGAAAAAAAGAAUUUCUCAGGCUUUACAGCAAGCAAACUUCACUAUGAUUUUUACAAUUCUGAUUAUGUAUCCCUUGGGGGUAUUCCAGUCGCUUCUUUAGGAUGGGGCUUAUUAUGUUGUACAUAUAUCCCGAUGUGUCUGUGUGAAUCUUUGUCUUUUUUGGGGGAGGGCGGAGGGCGGUUCUUUUUUUAGAUAUUGUUCCUAAAAAGGAAUAAAUGCAUACACCUGUUUGUCAAAACACCUUUGCUUUUUGUGCAACUGCUUUAUAUUAACGAUACUAAAAAAGAAAAUAGCUUUGGAAAAAAACUACUGUAUGUAAUGGAAUUGCAGAAUAUGCUGCACAUGUAUUUUAUUUAGUUAUUCUUGCUUUAAGAAUAUUGGAUGACAUUUCCUGACAUGUGGGAGGGAGAAACUCCCUUUUUUUUUUUUUUUUGGCUUUUAAAUUGUAACAUAGUUGACAGAUUUUUGUUUUUUUUUCCUGUUCUCAUUGAUCAGAGCAUUUUGUACAGGUUUUUCUGUGUGUGUGUGCGCGCGCGUGUGUGUUAAUCUGUUUUUGAUACAUUCCUAUCCCUUGUGUUUAUCCUACCACAGCCUUCCUGGCUAUCUUAAACAAGUUCAUACAUUUGAAAAGAGAAAAAAAAAAAUGUUGUUUUAAAAAAUGUUUUCUCCUGCUGCAGUAAAUAUUUUGCAUGAUGAAAUUCCAGGGUCACACUUGCAAAGUUUUAUCAGUGAAGUAGUGAUUAUAAUGGAGAGUGUCAAAGCUAUUGAACUUUUUGUAUAAAAAAAAAAAAAAGAAAACUUUUCAAGGUGCCAAGAUGUAAAGACAAUUUGUUACUUUUUUUUUUUUUUUUUUUUUUGGUCAAAGAGAAGCGUACAUUGGGGAGAUAGUCCCUUGUAUCAGGCAAAUGCACUGUCAGGAAUGAGGAUCCAUCCUCCUUGUCCCUAGAGUCUGUCCUUGAAAGACGAGUUACGCUGCCUGCGUUGAACCAGCAGUGAAAUGAAAUCUUAAGGCUUAUGUACAUGAAGAGUGACCGCCAGCUCUGCCGCCUUCGGACAGCUCUAAUGUUAUUCCCAGCGUUCUGUCAGACCUGGUCAAGAACACCUUGGAUUCCUAACCCCAAAUAUGGUGUAAAUCACUAGCUAUUUUAUCAUGAAAAAAAAAAGGUAAAAAAUAUUUUCUCUCCUUUCCACAUUCCAGCUGAGCUCUGUCUCCAAGGGUACAAAGAAGAACAUGCUUAUAAGGAUUUUUGAAUCUUUUUGGUACCUUUUGGUUAAUGAUCUACCCUCUUGAUACUUCGGAUGUUUUUGAGAGUCGGUUUCACUUUUUUAUCCUGAGAAUGAGACUUUUAAUUCUAAAGGCGUUUUUUGGGCCCCGUGUAGUUCACACGAUCUCUGCUACCCAGAAGCCUUGAUGAAGAUGGUACAGUCCGGACUGUGAGCAUGGUGCUUCGUGGAUAUGUGCUGCCAGUAACAAGAAUUUUUUUUGUUUUGUUUUGUUUUGAUAAGGCAUAAAAGAAACUCAUUCCUUGACAUCAACUGUAAUUCCAUCAUUCCGUGUCUGUGGAUACAGACAAUAAAAAAAAUUGUUGUGUAGUCAGUACGAAUUACUGACAUGAUAGCAUUCUCAAAUGCAAUAAAAAUGCUGGUUGUUCACACUGGUA